GCUGCCUGGGAGUCACGAGAGUUCCAAGUUUAACGGUAGCUUCGCGAAAAUGACCCGGAGGAAGACACCCGGGGAGCGGAGCUGAGCCAACCGCCCGGAGGGGGGGUUCUAACACCUAACAGAGGGACGCUCUCCUGUUUGGAUUUGACGCUUUUUUCUUUUUCUUUUUUUACUUUGUAGCCCACCUGCAGUUUUGGGUGGCUCGCAGUUGUCGGUUACUAGCUGUUGCUAAGCUCGUUUAGCCGCCGCGAGCUGAGCUAGCCUCGCGCGGGCUAACGCGGAGAAGCAGCCGGAGAGGAGUGAGCGAGUCGCGGGCUUGAAGGCGCUGUUUCCCCGGGGGGUGGGCGGCGGACUCCGAGGCGGAUCUAUCUCCGCGGUGUAAAUAACGCCGGGCACCAUUGUUAUGCUCCUCCGCUGCCCACAACUCAGUCAUUGUUGUUGAAGCGACUGUCGGCUGCGUGCUAGCUCCAGCUGUAGCCAGCUAGCGUGAUGUGUCAUCGGAGCUAACAAACUCAUCUCGCCCCGUGAUUUUUCUUUCUGUUUUUUAUGAUUAUUUGAAUCGAUUUCACAGUCCUCUCGAGUCGGAGUGGAUGCUGUCAGCCUCCCGCCGGUACGUGCUUUGAGGAGCCGGAGCCGAUGACAUUCUCCUCCCGCUGACUCCCAGUUCAUGUCAUGAGACCCCGGAGCAGAAAGUAGCUCCUCCAGAAGCAGCAGCCGCGGAGCAUGCAGGAGAAGAAGAGAAGGGUUCAGAGAAGUAGAUAGGGAGGGGGAGACACAGCUGUGAGAAAAUCUGUGUUUUUUUCUAUUUAAAAUUUCGAGGAUUGUAUUUUUGUGGCCGCACCCGGGAAGCAAGAAUGAAGAAGUUUUCCAGGAUGCCGAAGUCGGAGAGCGGCGGGCUCGGAGGGGCGUCCGGCUCCAGCUCCGGCUCCGGGGUCAGCAGCUACUUCGGGAAAGUGUUUGCAGUCGGCCGGUAUCAAGUCACCGUGGAAGAGCUGAUUGCAGAGGGAGGCUUUUCUGUGGUUUUCCUGGCUCGUACACACAGCGGCGUUCGCUGUGCUCUCAAGAGGAUGUACGUCAACAACGUCCCGGACCUGAACAUCUACAAGAGGGAGAUCACUAUCAUGAAGGAGCUGUCGGGUCAUAAGAACAUCGUAGGUUAUCUGGACUCCACCAUCAAUGCUGUUUCAGACAGUGUCUGGGAAGUCCUCAUCCUCAUGGAGUACUGUAAAGCGGGUCAGGUGGUGAAGCAGAUGAACCAGCGGCUGAAUGUGGGCUUCAGCGAGGCUGAAGUCCUCCACAUCUUCUGCGACACCUGCGAGGCCGUCGCUCGCCUGCACCAGUGCAAGACUCCCGUCAUCCACCGAGACCUAAAGGUUGAAAACAUCCUGCUGAAUGACCAGGGAAAUUAUGUGCUGUGUGACUUCGGCAGCUCCACUCACAAGGUCUUGGUGCCACAUAAGGACGGCGUGACCGCUGUGGAGGACGAGAUCAAGAAGUACACGACCCUGUCAUAUCGCGCGCCGGAGAUGAUUAACUUGUACGCAGGGAAAGCCAUCACCACUAAGGCUGAUAUAUGGGCACUUGGAUGCUUGUUGUACAAGCUGUGUUUCUUCUCGCUUCCAUUUGGGGAGAGUCAAGUCGCCAUAUGUGACGGAACCUUUAUCGUUCCAGAUAACUCCAAAUUCUCCUUCAAGUUGCACUGCUUAAUCAGAUACAUGCUCGAGCCAGACCAGGAGAAGAGACCAGACAUCUACCAAGUGUCCUACUUUGCCUUCAAGUUUGCUGGAAAAGACUGUCCAGUGCCAAAUCUCUCUAACUCCCCCCUCCCCACGUCGCUCCCAGAGCCGCUGACGGCCAGCGAGGUCGCUGCUAAGAAGAGCAUGACGAAAGCCAGAAUAACGGACUCUGUGGGCCCGACGGAAACAUCGAUCGCACCAAGACAGCGGCCGAAGGCGGCCAACAGCAACGUCCUGCCCCUCGCCAACACCGUCACCCCCGUCAAGAUGACCGUGCCUUCAGCACCCGUCAGUAACGGCCAGAAAGCUCCCACCCCUGGCUCUGGGCAGCCGGCCUUACAGCCUCAGCAGCCUCAGGCCAGCAGCCAGCAGCACCGAGUCCUGCAGCAGCUGCAGCCUGGAGACCUGCGUCUGCAGCAGCUGCAGCAGCAUCACCACCACCAACAACAACAACAACAACAACAACAAGCCGUACAGCAACAACACGCCAACGCACAGCAACUCCAAUACCUCCAAUACCAACAGGCUGUGCAGCAGUCCCUCCAGCUGCAGCAGCAGCAGCAGCAGCAGGCUUUGCUCCAGCAGCAGCAACAGAUGAUGAUGCAGCCGAUGUACCAGCAGCAGGUCGCCCAGGCCCAGGCCCAGGCCCAGGCUCAGUACGCAGCCAUGCUGCACCAGUACCAACAGGCUUUUGUCCAACAGCAGCAGCAGCAGCAGCAGCAGCAUCAGCAGCAUCAUCAACAUCAGCAGCAGCACCACCCCGCUCAGCAGCCUCUCCCCUAUCUCACCUCCCCUCUUGAGUUCCAGAUCCCCCUGGGCUCCUAUAAUCCAACCACGCCUGGGGCUGGGACUGGGGCCGGAAGUGGCCAAAUGGGGGGGCCCUCCCCUGUGGAUCCCCCAUACACUAACCCCAGUCGAAACCCUCUGCUUGGCACAGACGGGAUCACCCCGCCCUCUCAGAGCUGCAACAGCACAGUCAGCAACCCCCCCGACAUGUCUGGCUGGAACCCCUUUGGAGAGGACAACUUCUCGAAGAUGACUGAGGAGGAGUUGAUCGACAGGGAGUUUGACAUGCUCAGAGCAAAAAAGCCAGUGGAGAGAACAGCUAGCGUGGAAACAGACCGACCGCCUGCCGCCGCCAAGCCCCUCCCCCCUGAGGACCUGUUCGGGUCGGUCCCGUUUGUGGCCAGCGCAGGUACCAACGCAACUAAGAGUGACCAGACGGAUGAGGAAGUUUCUGUCCCCGCCUCUGCCUCAAACACCUUAGAGGAACUGCAGGCGCCUGCAGCCAAGGAGCACAAACCAGGCAAAAAGAGCAACUCUGCCGGCCCAGCGAGCCGCAGACCAGGGGACGAGUCGGACAGCGACUUUGAGUCUGACCCUCCUUCCCCGAAGAGCAGUGAGGAUGAGGAGCCUGAGGAGGAUGAAGGCCUGAACAGCGAGCACGGCGAGUUCAACGACGACACUGAGCCAGAGAAUCUGGGACAGAGGCCUCUGCUGAUGGACUCUGAGGACGAAGCCGAGGAAGAUGACGACAAGCACAGCUCUGAUUCGGACUGUGACCCCAGCAGAGUCAAAAGCCGUUCAAAGAAACUUCCAGGUGGCAAAGGAGCUGCUGUCGCCGCCCAAAGGAGUCCUCGGGUGGAUUCCGGCAUGACUCUAAUCACCCCUCCGGAGUCGCCAAGUGGACGUGCAAGAGCAGCCGCGGCUGUCGAAGCUGUGGAUGUUUUUGGCGCCGUCCCUUUCCUUGGAGGGGCUUCACCCAUCGGGCCUUCAGAAAGCACGGACAUCUUCGCCAAAGCGCCUUUCAGACAGGUCAGCCAUGAGCAGCAAGCCAUGGAGGAGUUUGAUGUUUUUACCAAAGCGCCAUUCAACCGGAACCUCUCCAAGUCCGGCAAGAGCAGCAGUGACGUUCCCAUGGGCCAAACGCCGCCCAUUUCCCCUGAGGGCAUCGAUAUUUUCGGCUUCUCUCCAUUCCAGCCGGGCCCCACCGCGCCGCCUCCCACCACCUCCAGGAGCGCAGAAGAUAUCUUUCGGCCGUCUUACGAGGAGGCAGCCAGUCCGCAGCAGCAGAGGCUGAAACAGCGCAGCCUCCAGAAGCUGACCUCGCGGCAGAGGAAGACCAAGCAGGACGCGAGUGCCGGCGGCAGCAACGGCAAGCGUCACCACGGUACGCCAACCGGAGGCCGAAAGACGAACAAGCCCACUUUCCGCACACCGGAGCGAGUCCGCAGGCACAAGAAGGUCGGCCGGAGAGACUCGCAGAGCAGCAACGAGUUUCUCAGCACCUCUGACUCUAAAGAGAACAUCAGUGUUGACAUCACCAUGGGGGAAGGAAAAGACAAAGGAGCUUCCUUACCCGUAGACGACGCUCUGUUGGACCCCUUCGGAGCCAAACCCUUCCACCCUCAAGAUGGCAGUAGGCACGGCGGCUAUCAAGGCCUCGCCGACAGCAAGAGCGACAUGGGCUCAGCCAACGGCAAGUCCUGGACAACUCCUCUGCACGGUGCGCUCGGAGAGAGCGACAUCAUCGAUGAUUUCGGGGCGGUGCCCUUCACAGAACUCGUUGUCCACGGCGGACCGCAGCAGCAGCAGCAGCCCUCGCAGCAAGUGGAGCUCGAUCCUUUCGGAGCUGCGCCUUUCCCCUCGAAGCAGUGACUAUCUCUUCCCGUCUUCCCAGCGCACACACUUCGUCAAUCACAUACAAAACGGCCACAGCUGAAAUAACCUCUGAGGUUUUGGUUGGGUUAUACCGAGUAAUAUUUUCUGCCAAACAUGAAACAGACAAGCUAACACAGUCCAAACGCCUUGUAAGAACAUUUUAAUGCAUCACGCAGUUUGAGUAACAAAAAUCCUGUGGAGGUUAGGUGAUUUAUUCCAGGCUCUGGCUCUGUAUCCAUAUCUUUUUCGCCUGUACCUGUUUGCUGAGAAGCCUUUAAUGCUGCAUCAUAACACAUUUAGAGACGUUUGAACCGGGAGAAACGGAAACUGAAAUCCACUCAAGAUCGUACUGUGAUUAUAAGCUUGCUCAGUGUUUGACUGCUUGACUUGCUGCAAAAAGCUCUGCGUAGUUUGUGGCCUGCCUUCUGAUCUACCAAUACAAAAUUUUUUUAGCACCGUAAAGCCUUACGAGCAUGGCUCUGCCUUGCUGCACAGUACCUCGGAAACCAUGACGCAGACGGCCAGCGUUGCCCUUCUGCAUCGGUGGGAUAUUUUGGGAGUAGUCCUUAACCACUUUAUUUCCUUCUUAUUAGACCUUUCUCUAUGCAUAAUUUUACAGUAGUCUUGGCACAGCAAAUGUGGGCUGUGAUUUGUGUCGCAUUACACUUGGAAUACUAGAAGGGAUUCAUUUUCGUUGUACUUCCUAUAAAGGUGGAUCUGUUAAUUGGAACAGUUUAUAAUUUAGGCUCUUAACUGUUUUCUAUGUUUUGUUUUGUUUUCUAGCAGUAAACCUGUAAGUACCAUGUUAAUUUUUUUUCUUUUUUUUUUUAAAGUUACAACUCAAGACAUUCUAUUAGAAAUAAAGCAGGAAAUAAAAUGCAGAAGCCACAUUAAAUCACUAGUCUAGCAUUUGCGUUUUAAGAACUUUGACCCCAACAGAGCAACUUUAAGUGUGGUCUCAAAUUUUGAUUUUGCAUAUUACCGCCGUCAUUUAAGCUACGGGGGAAAAAAUAAAUGGGUUUUGUGCCAUCAGCUAACGCCAAUCUUUACUCUGCAGGAGGAAGUGAAUUGGUCAGCUUUGAACGUGUCGGUUCAAGUGUUGUACUCAUAAAGGGAAACCCUUCCAGACCCACUCUGAGACACCUGUGAGAUUUGAAAUCAGGUCAUUUGACUGGAUGAAUGCACUUUUCAGCAUUGAAUUCUUCCACUGUCUUGCAGACAGAGUCCAAACAAAACGUGCGGACUCAGUCUAGUUCUUUCUGUUCUAUAUAGAUGGCCUUAAGCACUGCAUUGACCUCCCAUUGGCACAUUCAUCUGGACUCAAACUGCAGCUCGCUGUGUUUUCACCAAUGGACCUUUGAUACGACCAUUUUCCAUCGUUUUUUUUUUUUUUUUUUUUUUCAAGAGGGUAAAUCUUUUAUUGUAUUUAUCAUGCUAUACUGCUGUUUGAUGCAAUAAAAAGAAAAGAUUCAUCUCA